CUAGAAGUUCAAACUUGUCGGCAUUUAAAAUGACCAAGAAAGCACUCGUAGCUUUUGCUAUUUUAAUAGUUCAAUUUGGCUUUUGCUUAGGAACGCCAUGCAAUGGAACAACCAGUUCAGUUCGUGCUAAACGGAAUCCUCCAUCCCGUUGCUGCAAUGACGGAUUCGAAGAUUCGGUCAAUCAUGAGAAGGUUGUAGCAGUGAGGCGUCAGUGUGCGGAGGAAAUGGGAAUCACGGAAAUGUCGGAGGAAGAACUGCUAAAAAAUCGAGAAACUCUUGUCUGCUUGAUUGAAUGCAUCACCAAAAAGCACGCCUUGGCUGACGAAAACGGCGAUGUGUUGCAUGAAGAUUUGGCAAAAGCUUUGAAGGAGCAUUUCAGUGUUGCCGAAUGGAAGACUCCCCUUCUGGAUGAGUUUAUUCACGAGUGUUUUGAGUAUGCGGAAGCGGAGCACGAGAAGCACUCGGAAGAGGGUGGCAAGUGCAAUCCGGAGGGUUUCCAUUUUGGCUACUGUCUGUGGCGUCACUUUACCCUCGCAUGCCCCGAGGAGAUGCAAGACGAUUCGGAGAGGUGCGAGUCGAUUCGGGGUAAGCUCAAAAGCGACGAAAGCGUUAGCGUGUGGAAUGCCGAUAUUGAUGAAUAGAAGUGUGGAGCUUUUUCAGUGGUAGCUUUCCUGCUACGGAGUAGCAAGCGACUUUAUUCUGCGAAUGCUCGCAUAGACUUGGUAAAGAUUUUAUAUUAUACUUAAAUAAUUGUGUAAACUGUAUUCUUUACUUACGGCUAAAAAAGUUUCCCUGAACCUGCCUUUUUCUUGUUUGAUACUUCAUCAGCAAAAAUCACCCCUAAUUCUUUUUUUAAAGCAUAUUUUGAUAUUAAAGUCGAAAACUGCUUCUUCAGUUUUGUUGCUAGAACUGUCAUCAUUUGAAGGAAAAAAUAUUGUUUCGCCAUUGAGA